UGUUUACCUUGUUGCUUCCUGCCUUUCCACUUGGCUAUAAAGUCGCGCACCGUGUCGCCUGCACGCUGUCCUUUGGUAACCUGCGACACACUGAGCAGAGAUGGACAUCCUGACUGUACUGCCGUCCAACUUUGGAUAUGUCAUAUUCACUUACCUAUACAGCUGGAUAAUGCUGGGGUAUUUAGCAGUCAAGGUUGGGGGUGCCAGGAAGAAGUACGAUGUUAAGUAUCCCACCAUGUACAGUGACAAGGAGCAGGUAUUCAACUGUAUCCAGAGAGCACAUCAGAACACCCUCGAGGUGUACCCUCAGUGGCUGGUUUUCCAGACCAUUGCAGCUCUUGUCUACCCGUUAUCAGCAUCUGUGCUGGGGGCUAUUUGGGUCACCAGCAGGUUUUCCUAUGCCUGGGGCUACUACACAGGAGAUCCAGCCAAGAGGAUGAAUGGCGCCUACGGCUACAUUGGAUACUUCGGUGUCAUCAUUCUCUCCAUUUGUGUCGCCUUGCAACUGCUUGGAGUCUUUUAAGACGACUGUCAUCUUGUCUACUCAUUUAUAAUGGCUUGGAGAUCAUUUUCAAGUGUAUCAACUCUAAAAAAAAAAGCUGAACAAUUCUACAAAUGUUGUUGUGUAAUUAUGAUGCAAACAUAUUUUUAUGGACCACUAACUUGAUAUCUUUAUAUUCCAAUAUUGUUAGGAAUUGCUUAACCAUAUAAUCAUUAACAAUAAAGUAAAUGCUGACUGAUGCUACAGCACCAAAUA